AUGCGUCCGUCAGAGCUGUGGGUCCUGCUUGCCAUUAUCUUCACCUGCCAGGAGGUAGGGAGAACAGAAACAACCAAGUUCGCAGCUGCGCCGGAUAGAUUACAGCAGCAGGACCUUGACCGCAAAGUCCUCAUGUCGCUAAUGAACACUCUCCACGAGCAAGCAGAAGACGGGAACGCGACGGCGACUCGGCUCUUGGGAUGUUGUGUAUCCUUGCAGUCUUCCAGAGCAUCCGACCUCACCCUUGCCUUCCGCUGCUUCCUGACCGCGUCUCAGUUGGGAGAUGUGGACUCCAAGUUCAACCUAGCCGUUUGCUAUGCUGCUGGUCGAGGCGUGCGCCAAGAUCAGUACAAAGCGAGCAAGUUGUUCCUGGAGGUGGCGGAUGCCGGCGAUGCGGAGGUGGCAGGAAGGGCGCGAGUGUUGGAGGCUCAGUAUGUCAUGGGCAAACGAUUUGCAGAGGGGAAGGGAUGCGAGCAGGACAUUGAGCGAUCGAACGAGCUGCUUCUGCUUGCAGCUCAGGCGGGGCAUCGAGCCGCAUCGUUCAACAUCGCAUGGAGGUUCAUGAAAGGGAAGGGAAUGCGAUUAAGGAAGGAGAUUCAACCUUUCUAUCUGGGAGGAGGAACAGCCAAACUGUUGACGAACGCGAGCAAGAAACUAGCCAACACGCAUGGACCGGAUCCGGUUGAAGCAGAAAAAUGGUUCGAGCAGUCGGCAACAUCUGGGUACGCAAAGUCUCUGUACAAUCUCUGCAACAUCAGACGUAAGGCAGACAAGCAAGUCAUUCAGGGAAGCACUUUGCGCUUGUUGAUUCUGGCAGCAAAGAACGACUACCCUCGGGCCCAGGUCUCCUCCCCCUCUGCUACUUCCUGA